UGACGUAGACCUGAGCAGUUUGAUGAAUGGCCCUUUCUGAAGGGGAACCGGCGGAGAUGGGUCGAUUCGUCUGUUCGGACAUAUCGAUAGAGGUGUGAUGAGGUGUUGCAGCCAGCUGGCUCUGCGCUUCAAUUUGUCACCUGCAUCCUUUUUGCCCGUUUAUCAUUUUGCCCACGUCACCCCCAGCGUCGACAAGCUCCUCCAUAUAAAAUCUCACCGCCCUCCAGUCCUCGCCGGAUAAAUCUGAACUUUUACGCUUUCGGACGAACAAUGCAUAUUCAACCAACAAAACGCUCUCGACCACGGUCCUUUUCGGAACCUAUCAAAUGGUCGUCCAUUGUAAAAAUGCCAGCAUCAACAUGGACUCGGUUAUGGGAUAAGCGAAGCAUUGACUUUGGGCUACAUGCUGCGUGUUCUGCUGGCGAUAUUGGUUGGGUCAAAUUUGCCCUCGACAACGGCCAGUCUGUGAACGCUGUCUUUCACGGCAUGACGCCUCUGCACGUUGCAGCUGGACAAGGUGACAUUGGGGUCAUCCGGCUUCUUAUCCAACGUGGUGCAUAUGUAAAUGGACCAAGACUAUCGAAAACUCGCAGCGCCGACAACUUGAACGACCUAUACCACCAGCCAGAAGGCUCAUCCUUGACCAUUCGUGGUCAAACCGCUCUUCAUUUUGCCGCUGCAAACGGGCACCUGGAAGUCGUUCGCGAAUUGCUAGUACAUGGAGCAUGUCCAACCAUACGAGACGAAUUCAACUGCUCUUCCAUAGAUGUUGCGGCGGCCGUUGGGAGGAGGGACAUUGUAGAUGUUUUACUCCGAACCGCCCAGGCGUGGGAUACAAAAGAACGCGACAUUGACCGACAAUCGGUACAAUCGAGAAAGAGUGGGAACGAGGGAAGGAGCAAAAGGAUUUCAUUGUGGGGUGCAAGACGGAAUAGCUUCCUAGAGCGUCCAUAUCGAUUCUCAUUGAAGCCGAUCAUUCCCUCUGGCCGUGUGGUGCCUGUUGCUGCUUCGUGAUAUGGACGAUAGGAAUAUUGAGAUGCGGAUGAGGCCAGUUAGCGAUACCCUAUCUUUUGGACUGUACAUAUUUGUUGCAUUUGUGUGAAUAGGAAUUCUUGUCUUUUUUGCAUAUUAUUUUUUGUGUCG